AUUUGCCCGGAAAUCGUCCCCCCUUUCCUCCGGCCACCGUCCCGAUUCCCCUUUCUACUCUCCUUAGAAUUCCAAUUUCCCUAACAAAUUAAAAUCCCUCUAUAAUUAAUUUUAUAAUUUUUUCAUAAAAUUUGUUGGAUUGGAUUGGACAUGUGCAUUUAGUUAAUGGCAGAUUCGGACAAUGAAUCGGGAGGACACAACAAUAACAGUGGCGGCAACGCUCACAGCGAGGCGUCAGCGCGGGAGCAGGAUAGGUUCCUGCCGAUAGCCAACGUCAGUAGGAUCAUGAAGAAGGCUCUGCCGGCCAACGCCAAGAUCUCCAAGGACGCUAAGGAGACGGUGCAGGAGUGCGUCUCGGAAUUCAUCAGCUUCAUCACCGGAGAGGCUUCCGAUAAGUGUCAGCGAGAGAAGAGGAAGACCAUCAACGGCGAUGAUUUGCUCUGGGCCAUGACCACGCUGGGAUUUGAGGAGUACGUCGAGCCCCUGAAAAUUUACUUGCAGAAAUACAGGGAGAUGGAGGGAGAAAAGAGCUCCAUCGGCAGAGGGGAUAAAGACAGCGCUAGUGGUGGCUCCGCUGGUGGACCCAGUGGUGGUACUGGCUCUUCCGGUGGUGGAGGGACUGCUGGUGGUGGUGGGGUCAACGCAACUGGUGGGUACAAUGGCGGGGGAGGAAUGUACGGAGGGAUGAUGAUGAUGGGUCAUCAUCCUGGAAACGUCUACGGUUCUGGUGGAUACCAUCACCAGAUGGGUGUGGGAAAGGCUGGAGCCAGCGCUGGCGGCACUGGAACCGGAACCGGAACCGGAGUUGUUAGGUCAAGGUAGGUUGGUUUGGUGAAGAAACUCAAAGAAAUAUGGUAAUGGUAUUGUUAAUUAAUUGUUGAUUGAGUUAAAGUUGGUAUUUUUAAGGAUUAACUUAAUCUGUGUAGGGACUCCCUUUUCUUUCUUUCUUUUCUGUUGUGGGAUAUGUAAUUGUUGUGAAGUUGAAAAAAAAACGAUGCAUAGUACAGAUGUAACCUCUAAUGGGAAUUAAGUAGAAAAUUAAUA